CGGGUUCCUCCACUAUACCCCUCGCUGCUCAACCCAGACUCACCACGCAAAGGAAAAUGAGAUUAUACUCAGACUAAGUGAUAAGCUUUACAGAUUAGAGAUACUCCUCGACACAACAAUGGAAAGGCGCAAUCGUCACACGGAAGUCCAGAGGCUAUUGAUUGAGGAGCAUGACGCACGUUGAGGGGUGUUUGUCCUGUCAACAAACAGAAGCUACGUCGAAAAUUUCGGGCAUCAAUGACAAACACACACUCAAAUCACCCAACUCACCCGAAAAGAAACAACAUCGAGUGAGAGAGGUUCAUACAUAGGUAGGGCUCUUGAAGAUUACUAAGCGGCAGGGUCGGAGCACUCGGAGCCUCGAGUCGAACGAUCCUCGUCAUCUCUCCAUCCCUCCAUCUUGCCCAUCAGACAGGAUGGCUAUAGCAUCAUGUUUCAAUGCUCUCAGUGCAACAAAACCUACCAAAGAAAGAGUCAUUUGCACCGGCAUGAGGUGACACAUACCGGUGCCUCCUAUUCAAGUUGCCCCUUUUGCAAUAAAUCCUUCUUGAAAAGAGAAGUUGCACGAAGACAUAGUAAAACAUGUGCCAGAAAGCACAAUCAGCCUCCUCCAGCAGCAGCUAAACCGGGGCGGAAAAAGCAGUCCUGUGAUGAAUGCUUCUCAGCAAAAGCCGCGUGUGACAGAGACUCGCCAUGCUCUCGUUGCCAGUCCCUCGGGAAGCAGUGUUCCUUUGGGGAUCGAUCAACCCCUUCCACGGACUGCUCGACACCUGGUUCACCCUCUACAUCACUGUCGCGGAGAGAUGAACCGUUCUUCUUCCUUGCACACUUCUCUGAUCCUUCCAUUAAGCAGGACAAGCUCGCAAUUGCAGAGACGGCGAAGCGCUCUGCUAGGAGGAAUCUUGACCCGCUAUUUUUCCAGGAGCCGUUCUUGCCUAUCGACUCGAUAUCAGAUUAUAUGCCGGGCUUUUCAGUUCCCGACCUGUUUGUUCAGCCUCUGUCCGUGCCGAGUGGACAACUCUCUAUGGAAUUCCUACCUGAAAGUACAUUAUCCUCGACAAUCUCCAACAAACUUAGCGACAUCAUGAUCAACUUGGUCGGAACAUCGAACUCAAUGGAAUUAGCCAACGCGAGCCAACUUGAUGUGGCAGAACUGGCCUCGCUCUUUACCAUAGCCAACCUUUCCGUCUUUAUCUCAGCUUACUUCCAGUCCCUUCAUUGGCAUCUCCCAAUCGUACAUUUUCCGACAUUUGAUCCCGGGAAAAUUUCGAAUCCACUCCUCCUUUCGAUAUUUUUAGCAGGAGCAAUGUAUACUACCUCGCAAGAUGGACCAACCUUUGCAAGCAAGGUACUUGACAUAGCCGAAGAGUAUAUCUUUCGCCAACUAGCCAAUCUAUCGACGACACCCUACCCGGCCGGUCCUAACCUGGUACCGUCUUUGGAAAUAAUCCAGGGAGCUCUAGUUAUCGAGAUGCUUCAGUUCGGACAAGGCGAAACAGGCACAAGACGACGCAUUCGAAUAAUCAGACAUCCCUGUGUCAUCUCCACAAUACGGUCCUUGGGGAUCUUCCAGUCCAAGAGAAGCGUAACAUCCGAAUUAUAUGAUGAUGAAACGUGGAAAGCGGCAGUAGCAGAGGAAGUCUGUAUCAGAGUCGCUUGUUGGGCCUUUCUUGCGGACGGGUUCCUCACGGUUUGUUUCAACAAUCAUCCCACACUGUCAAUUUUCGAAAUGGACUGUGAGUUCCCUUGGAGAUCCGCAUUAUUUGAAGCCGAGAACGCGUCCUCUUUCAACGAGAUCGCUUCUCAUACCACGGAGCGUCCGCUUCCUUCUUUGAGGGUAUUCAUCACACGCCUGCUCGACGAGAACGCCUCUGAAGACUUGGUUCAAUGGAGUCGCUCACUAGUAGGCGAGCAUCUGUUGAUCCUGAUGUAUGCAAUGCACUCUCUUGCGUUUCAAGCACGGACGGGCUUGUUUGGAUGGGUAUCCACGAACCCAAUGAAACGUGCCGUCGAGAAUUGGCGAAGCAUCUGGAAUUCCCUCUCCAGCAUCGUGGAAAAGGAGAGAUUGCACCACUUGGGGUAUCCCAAACAUGCCGAAGAACUCUGGUGGCUCCUGACUGCUACGCUUGACCGCGCCAGUGGGCGAGAGGUGAACCUUCGGUAUCUGGAAAACACUGCAACCGAUGAUCUGGAGAACUUGAACGACUUCAUCCGGAAUAUUGACGCCCCCCGUAGGGCAUAAUUACUGUUAUCCUAAAAAUAUGUACAGUUUACACUUUAUCGUCAUGAUUAUCUUACAAAUGGCCCCAACCGACCUCACCUAUUGACUCUUGACCAUCUUGAACUCAUCCCCGCGGGCUUUCCGAUAAGUGCCCCCAACUCGAUCCCAGAAAGUUGUGAACUGCCCGUAAUUAUAGUUGAAGAAGAGAUGGUGCAAGGUAUGACAUUCGGGGCCAUUGAUAAUGGCCGAAUGAGACAGGCAGUCGGCGUCGUCUAUACGCUAUUAGAGGAAAUCUGCAAUAGCAAGUCAAACACUUACGGAUCAGAACCGUCCACAAUGUCACGAAGACGAACAACCCCAGAUAUGCACCCUUCUGCAAUGGAAACAGCAUUGGGAAAAUGUGAUACGGGA